AUGACUGGAGGCGAGGUUUUCCAUGAAAUGAUGAUUCGGCAGAAUGUGACGCAUAUAUUCGGCUACCCGGGAGGCGCGAUUCUUCCGGUCUUCGAUGCCAUCUAUGGUUCCCGGAAUUUCGAUUUCAUCCUCCCGAAGCACGAGCAAGGCGCAGGGCACAUGGCAGAGGGCUAUGCUCGUGUGACAGGCAAGCCGGGCGUGGUCUUGGUCACUAGUGGUCCUGGUGCCACCAACAUGAUCACCCCGAUGGUGGAUGCCUUAGCGGACGGAGUUCCUAUGGUAGUAUUCACGGGACAGGUAGCCACAACCGCCAUUGGGAGCGAUGGUUUCCAAGAGGCUGAUAUUGUCGGUAUCUCGCGAGCUUGUACGAAAUGGAAUGUCAUGGUCACCAAUAUUGCCGACCUGCCCAAGCGCAUCAAUGAAGCCUUUGAGAUCGCGAUGAGUGGAAGGCCCGGGCCGGUCCUUGUGGAUCUUCCUCGAGACAUUACAGGAGGAAUUCUUCGCAAAGCUAUCCCAACUUUGUCAACCCUACCACCGUCCGAGAGUGUUAUAUCGCGUGAGACGCUCAAAUUGAAUCGAAAGCGGCUGCAAGAAAGUAUCCGACGUUCAGCCGAUAUUAUCAACCGGGCGGAAUCCCCUGUUAUUUUGGCCGGUCACGGAAUUCUUCAUUCCGAUCGUGGUCUUGAGAUGUUGAAAGAAUUAGCAGACAAAGCGUCCAUUCCUGUCACUACCACUCUCCACGGACUUGGCGCAUUCGACGAGAUGGACGAAAAGUCGCUUCACAUGAUGGGAAUGCACGGGUCAGCCUAUGCAAAUCUAGCGAUGCAGAAUGCGGACGUGAUUAUUGCCCUUGGUGGCCGUUUUGAUGAACGAGUAACUUGCAAAGUCGCAAAGUUCGCCCCUAAAGCUCACGCAGCUGCGAGGGAGGGACGUGGUGGUAUUAUCCACUUUGAGAUAGCGCCUAAGAACAUCAACAAGGUGGUCCAAUCCACGGAGGCAGUCGAAGGAGAUGUAGGUCCCAAUCUCAGACUACUCAUGCCUCACAUCAAAGCCAAAUCAAUGCGCCAACGGAAGGAUUGGUUUGAUCGUAUUAAUGAAUGGAAAGCUCGAUGGCCUCUUUCCGACUACGGAAGACUCGAUCGAUCUGUCCUAAUCCAGCCACAGACCCUUAUCGAGGAACUAAGCGCUCUGACAUCAAAAUGCAAAGAUCGCACCUAUAUCACGACUGGCGUGGGCCAACAUCAAAUGUGGGUUGCUCAACAUUUCCGCUGGCGUCCCGAUCGCACUUUGAUCUCGUCAGGCGGUCUGGGGACAAUGGGAUUCGGGUUGCCUGCUGCGAUCGGGGCAAAAGUUGCCGACCCUGACGCACUCGUGAUUGAUAUUGAUGGCGAUUCCUCGUUCGCCAUGAGCUUAACGGAGAUGUCAUGUGCUGCACAGUUCAGUGUAGGUGUGAAGAUUAUUGUCUUGAACAAUGAAGAGCAGGGGAUGAUCACACAGUGGCAAAAUCUUUUCUAUGAGGAUCGUUAUGCUCACAGCCAUCUCGUUAAUCCGGACUUUGUCACGAUGGCACAUCACAUGGGUCUGCAAGCUCGUCGUGUGAUGAAGCCUGAAGAAGUCGUGGGCAGCUUAAAAUGGUUGAUAGAAGCAGACGGGCCUGCACUGCUCGAAGUUGUCACCGAUAAGAAGGUCCCCGUUCUACCAAUGGUACCGGGUGGGUCAGGCUUGGACGAAUUCAUUGCCUGGGACAGUGUCAAAGACAAAGCGCGGAGGGAGUUGAUCAAACAACGAACUCUUGGAAUUCAUGAGUAA